UUUCGGUUUCGUUCUUUUUUCCAAUUCUCUCCAUAUCGCGGACGAUCCGUUUGAAACCCUUUUGUAUUAUCAGCAGUAAAAACCGCGGGCCAAGGCGCCUCCAUCUACCUCAUUUACAUGAAGACCCGCCGGAUCACAUGAGUUGAUCGUCUUCAUUUCUGUGCGUAUCGUCAACGGAAGUGAACGCGAGACGAGACCCUCGCCUCGGUUUCUCUAGAGUUCUAGUUUGCGCAAAAUUGGCUCUAAAUGCCGAAGGUUACGACUGCGAGCGCGGUGGUGAAAGUGUUGUACUGCGAAGAAGCUAGUAACUGCGCGAAGUGCAUGUAGUGAGUUGCAGCAUAAGGUCAACGUUCUUUAGUUUCCUCAUUUCCACGGACGAUUGUGAUGGAUUCACCCGACCACGAGGAAUCCCGGGUUCUGUACAGCGCCGGAAAGGGGCCAGAAAUUGUGCAAAACAUUAACGCCAACGCACGCAACAAGGAGACGAGAUGGACGUUUUGGUUGAUCACAGCUGGCAUAUCGACUACCUUCGGUGCAGCCGUUCCCACUGGCUACAACAUUGGCGUGAUCAAUGCUCCGGCGAACGUCAUCAAGAGCUGGUGCAAUGAAACGAUCUACGAAACCUACGGCACCGUGUUUAGCGAAGGCAACCUGGAAACUUUCUGGUCUGCGGUCGUCUCAAUAUUCCUCGUUGGCGGUGUGAUCGGUUCGUUGGGUGGAGCAUGGGUGGCAGAUAAGCUAGGAAGAAAACGAUCCUUUCUGCUAUGUGGCUUUCUAUUGGUUGCCGGUGGACUGUGCUUCCAGUUCACCAAAGCGAUCGGCUCCGUGGAACUGUUAAUGAUCGGUCGAAUCGUGGUGGGCUUAGCGGCCGGUCUCACGACGAGCACCGUACCUAUGUACCUUACCGAGCUGGCACCGCUAGGAUUGCGUGGAGCCCUAGGAGUGCUAUGCUCUAUGGGUGUCACGGGAGGUGUUGUAGUCGGUCAGGUGAUGAGCCUGGAGGAAGUGUUCGGAACCGAGGCCCACUGGCAGUUUGCGCUUAGUUUCUAUGUACUGCUCGUGAUAGCGUUCUUCGUACCUUACCACUGGCUACCGGAAAGCCCCAAGUAUCUGUUCGUCAUUCGCCGGAAACAGGACGAAGCGGUUAAUGAGCUGAAGCGUAUCAUGGGGCGCAAGGUACGCGACGAGUACAUCAAGCAACAGGUGGAAGCGAUGCGCCGGGAAGCUUCGCCUGAUCACCAGGAUGCCGAAUGUGGUGAUGAUUCGACGGUUGUGGAGAAACCGAAAGAACGAACCCUCAUAUCGGUGCUCCGCGAUCCCACACUAUUGCUUCCGCUGGUACUGGUUUGUGCCUUACAGGGAGGACAGCAGCUAUCCGGUAUCAAUGCGGUCUUUUUCUACUCAGUUUCCAUUUUUGAAUCGGUUGGGCUCAGUUCGACGGAUGCCAAGUUUGCCAAUUUGGGUGCCGGUUGCCUUAACCUGUUCGUGGCCUUCUUCAGUCCCGUCUUGAUGGCAAAGUUCAAUCGUCGCUUCCUUGCACUCACGUCAUGCUCGAUGUGUGCCCUAUUUCUCUUCGCUCUCACAUUUGUCGUGUACUUUAUCGACGACGUGGAAUGGUUUUCGUAUGCAUGUAUCGUGGCCAUUUUGCUCUACAUUCUAUUCUAUCAAAUUGGCCUCGGUCCUAUACCAUACUUCAUCGGUUCAGAACUAUUCGAAGUGGGACCUCGGCCGGCAGCGAUGGCGAUGGGGAGCCUGGCAUCGUGGGGAUGCAACUUCAUCGUCGCCAUGCUCUUCACGACGCUACAGAACGCAUGGGGUGCGUUCGUGUUCCUGCCCUUCACCUGUACGUGCGUUGCACUUACGGUGCUGCUCAAGUUCUACCUUCCGGAAACGCGCGGAAAACACAUUUCGCAGAUUGCACCACUUGUUGCUUCGGGCUUCCGUUCCAAACCGCUAGUGCCUUAAGAGAUUAGCAGCAGCAGCAGCAGCAGCAGCAGCAGCAGCCGGAGCAGCAGCAUUGACAAUACGCCUACGAGGCAGAAAAGACAAACGAAACCAAUGCUACACUGGAACAAGUUGUGAUGAAUAUCUAAAUUGCUCAAAACGAAAAAAACAAGUAGUAGCAAAGCAAACACAAAACGUGGCUUACAAACAUUAGCUUAAGGUUAGCAAUCUGUUAACAGUACUUAGUCUUAAGGCAGAGGAUUUCAUAGGAAGUAAAACGAACGGAUAGGAUGGUACAGAAUUGGAUCGUGUUCAGAAGAAAAGAGGAGUAACGGCAAUAAAAUGGAAAAUUUACAAUUUGACACUCCUAGUGCAUGUUCAACACAUGAAUGCAACAACUCGGUAAUAGUUGGUCUAGCCUCUAUCUACCUA